AUGCACAUCACCCAGCUCAACCGCGAGUGCCUGCUGCACCUCUUCUCCUUCCUGGACAAGGACAGCAGGAAGAACCUGGCGGGGACCUGCGCGCUACUGCGCGACGUGUUCGAGGACCCCGCUCUCUGGCCGCUGCUGCACUUCCACUCGCUCACAGAGCUCCGGAGGGACAACUUCCGCCUGGGCCCCGCGCUGCGCAGCCUCUCCAUCUGCUGGCACUCCAGCCGCGUGCAGGUGUGCAGCGUCGAGGACUGGCUCAAGAGCGCCUUGCAGCGGAGCAUCUGCAGCCGCCACGAGAGCCUGGUCAACGACUUCCUCCUCCAGGUGUGCGACAGGUGCCCCAACCUGGCGUCCGUCACGCUGUCAGGCUGUGGCCACGUCACCGACGAAUGCCUGGCCCAGCUGCUGCGUUGUUGUCCGCGCCUGCGCGCGUUGCGCCUGGAGAACUGCGCGCGCGUCACCAACCGCACGCUGGCGGCAGUGGCGGCGCACGGGCGCGCGCUGCAGACGCUGCACGUGGACUUCUGCCGCAACGUGAGCGCGGCCGGCCUGCGCCAUCUACGCGCCGCGUGCCCGCGCCUGGCCCUGCGCGCCGAGCGCAGCGCCUCCAUGAUCCCCGACCAGCUCCCGCGCGGCGCCCCGCUGCCCGGCCCGGCCUCCCGCAAGCUGCUGCCGCGCUAG